AUUCAAGAGAAGCGUCGUUGAUAAAGUGCAUCUGAAAUGGUAACUCACACUAAAUGUAUGUGUUUAAUUACAAUCUUGAGCGUUUAAAGUCUCACACUGGCAACGUGUUUGCCUGAAGAAUCUCAAUAUGGAUAAUCGCUGUUGCGGCUGUGCAUCAAAGUUCACUCUCUUCAGAAAAGAGUUGGGUUGUAAAAACUGUGGCCAUGCUUUCUGCUCUGGGUGUCUGGCAUUCAAUGCUGUGGUGCCAAAAUAUGGAAACAGCCAGCAGAAAGUCUGCAAACAGUGUUAUGGAAACUUAACAAGCUCGGGCAACCUGACUGAUGCUGGCAGAUGGUCCCCACCUGAAAACUACAAAAAGCGAGUUGCUGCUCUUGAAGCCAAACAAGCUCCGCAGAAUCAGCCUUCCAGACCUGCGGGUGCAAAAAGCAGCUCUGUGAGUCUGAUUUCAGCCAGAGGACUCAGUAAAGAGGACCAGAUCAUCGCAGAACGACUCAACAAGCUGAAAGAGGAAACCAAGCCAAAGUCCAUACCAUCAGAGAAGGAGCUGGAGUCUCGUCUCGCUGCGUUAAGAGCCCCGCUUCAGCCCUUCGUGCCGUCUGCUAAAGACAUGGAGGAGCGUCUGGCUGCCCUACAGGGACGACCGUCGCCCUCUCAAGCCCCACGGCCUGUUCAUCAGCCGCCAGACAGCAGGACUCAGACAGAACAGACCAAUGAUUUGAUCGCCCAGAUGACAGAAGAAGUUGCUAUUGAUAACCAGCAUCCAUCGUCAGAGGGUACUUUCACCAUUUCUAAUUUGUUUCUGUGUGUUUGUUCAGUCAGACUGUCAGAUUUCCAGCAGCCUGACAGUGAUGAGGAGACGGAGGAAGCGGCCAUCAACAGGGUGAUGAAGCGGUUAUCAGAGGAAGCAGCUCUAGAUGAGGCCAGCGGCUACAACAUCCCACCAGAGCUCAGCGGCCCGAUGAACAGAGAGAAGGACACGUCCAGCAGGAACCCGCUCUCAGUGCUGCAGUCUAAAUCAAAGCCGGCCGCUGCUGCCUCACAGAUCCAGCGUGUAAAAGAUGAUGACCGUGAUGAGGAUGAUGAUGAAGAGCUGCCGUGGUGCUGCAUCUGUAAUCAGGAUGCCACCAUUCGCUGCCACACGUGUGAGCGAGAUCUGUACUGCGCCCGCUGCUUUAGGGAAGGUCACGACAAAUAUGACAGAAAAGAGCAUCGCACUUCCUCAUAUACGGCCCCUAAGAAAGGCAAGAAGAAACCCUGAAACCUCCAUGAGCAGCCGUAUGAUUUAGGUGAUUAACUUAUUUAAUUGUAGCCAACAGAAAAUAAUAAUGUCGCUUAAAUAUGCUUCUGACAACACAAAGCAGCCUUAGACUCAGGAUUGUUCAAAGUCUGAAAAUGAUGUUGUUAUCAUCGUUGGUGGAAUUAAUAGACUCUUAGAAGCUGUAAUAUGACCAUCUGUAAAUAUAAAACUGGACUUUAAUAAAAGACUUGCAGGUCAUGUGCACUAGAGAACUAGUUCUUUACGUCGCGUCUUCUCUUUGCUGGCAUUUCCAUGUUGUCAUGAAUAAUUCAAAGGCCAGUAUUGAGGGUAAGCAGAGCGCUGUCAGAGACGAAUGACAGGAAGUCCAGUGCAUUAGUGUUCCAGAGCCAUACUGACAUUUAAGACGCUACAUGACUUCACUGGCUUGUACUGUACUGUUAUCUGUUGGCAUCAGCAUUGGCAGAGAUAACAAAAAGACAAAAUCAAAAAUAAAUGGAAAACAUUGAAUGUGCUAAGUGUUUUAUGUGUGUGUAAGAUGUGAAUUGUACACUGCGUUAGUCAAAGCACAUAUCAGCACAUCAGCUGGUUUACUGUGUUAUCACUUUAUGACCUCGUGUGUGAGUGAGUGAGUGAGUGAGUAUGUGAGUGAGUGAAUGAGUGUGAGUGUGUGUGAGAGAGAGAGUGAGUUAG